GAUCUACAGCACUCACUGUUGUCUACUGACCGUCUUGUGCAGUCUGCCGAGUACUGCGCCAUGAGCAUGCAGCCACCCCGUGUCAGAGCGCUGGCAGGCGUUGCAGGCUCCUUACUGACCAAUCUCUUCGCCCGCACCACACGCUAUGCAAACAAAACCACAGCUCUUCGGUCUGUCUUCUACGCCGACGAACACGUGCGUCGCCUUUCUCUCUACCGCACUGUCUUUGUAUGGAUCCAUGGCUCCUCACUCCCAGAGUCGGAGCUUAAAGUGUUAGAGCAGGAGGAGUCUGUUGUUCACGCAGACCACGGAAAGGAGACAUCUUGUCCUACCUGCUUGCCUGUUUUUCUCGAGAAAAUGAACGAAGCUGUUGCAGCUGCUAGAACUCAGUCGACGUCAUCUGAUGGGACUGAAACAGAGGUGAUGGAAGAAAUCUGUACCUUGGGGGAGGCAAUUUGUGCAGCUGAGUCAGAACGCAUUCAAACUCAAGUUUCGCAGACCGAUGUCCUUGCUUUGCUGAAGGAACGCGAUUCUCUGUGGAAAAAACAGAAAAGUUGUGAGAGUGAAUUAACUGACCUGGACUUCAAAUUGCUUGCGCUUAAGGACGAAUACAAUUUGGACUGGCCUGCAUCUAAAUGGCUUUCAAACACCGUUGCUGCUGGUGGUCAGCAACCAAACGCUGGCCUAAUCGACUGUCUGUCCUCCGCCCUGCGCGCACUGGAGGCGAAAUUCCAGGAAUCCAGGUCUCGUCUGCUCGCAGUUUCCUCUGCUCUAGCCGCGGAAGACAGACAAAGAACAGCUCCCUGUCCUACUGACAGUAACGGCGGUGGCAGUGGCACUGCUGCACCCGUCAAAGCGAAGAAUCGAGGCAAAGGCAACCGUAAGCUCGCAUCUGCUGCUCCCAACCAGGGACUUGUCUCAAAUGUGGCUGCUGUCCGUCAGGUUCUUGCAGCCUUCCAACGCACCUUCCUGCUUGAACUGCGUCCCUACGUAAAGUUUGCCCUGCGCAUGGAACAGCUCUUAACUUCGGAUGGAUCGGUUCAGGCUGCCGGAACCACCAAGAGCAGCGCCGUCUGGGCCGCCUGGCUAGAAAAUCAGCAGGUCUGGACAAGCACAAGCAUGCGGCUGCUGAAGAAUUUCACGCGUUUUGUGAAUGACUUGUGCAGUUCUCCUGAGUCGGCUUGUUUCGAAGACGACACCUUCAAUCUGGCCGGGGAACUGGUGACUGACUGCAGGGAUCUACGUCACCGUCUGACGCCGUGUCUCCUUAACCAGCUGAAGUCGGCUGUUAUCAUAUCAAUGAAGUUAUCUGAGGAAGGCACGAGCGAAAAAUUUGCUGAAUGUUUUGCCGAAUUAGACUUUCAUGAAGAGAAGAGCACUGAUGGUGAUGAAGGAGACGUCAGUACCGACCCAGCUGGUGUUUCAGCGGCGGUGAUUGAAAAGGUUUCCUCUCCCGAAGAAACCCUCCCACCGGCUGUCACUGGUGCUCUAAAGCGACUCUAUGAUCGUCUCCGUGGCCGUGACGCACUUCUCUUCCAGAAGCAGUCACCCUCCAGGAGUAGUGCAGUUACAGCCGCAUCAUCGUCAGCAGUAGCUCAGCCGCCCCCGCCACCCUCACUGAGCCCUUCUGAGCAGACGGAGGCCUGUAUCUAC